UCAUGCAAGUUCCUUUCGUAGAGCCUCAUAAACAAAGCUCUUAAACUUCCUAAUUCGACUUUCAUUUGAUAGGAAUUUUUAAAUUGUCGCGUCAUUUAAACUGAGAUGCCUUUGGUGAUGCUGUCCUAAUUCCUGGCGGGCAAUGUCCCUACAAGAGGAAGUUUCUCCUUUAAUUUUGCAGGUGUUGCAUUCCAGACCAUUAGAGGGCAGUGAUAUAACUAAAGAGGAUGUGGAUGCUUUACUACAAGAAGACUUACCAGUAGUUGACCAAGACAAGGAGCCUGACCUGAAGGUGUUGGGAUAUCCAAGCCACCCACUUUACUUGGCAAUAUCUGCCAGACUGUGUCAGUGGAUGGAGACUGGGAAUUGUCCAGUAGACAAAUUACCCAAACACAACCUUUUAGAGGAAACCAACUCAACAUUGACCAGCACUGAUGUCAGAACACAGACUGAUGACAGACUAAAAGACCUGUACGUUGGCUGGGCAAGUUUUAGUGGUAGUGAGAGGAUAGACAAGCUGAAGGACAUACUUAAGUUAUUGGGUCGUAGGGGUUUAAUGGACUUGUUAGGAAUGAGGAGAACUGUGGGCUCAAAAGAUCUCUGGCCACCCCCAAGGUCAACCCUGGAGAAUACUUUCAACUCUAAACACAGACCUGACAGCAUAAAACCGUGUGACCUGACCACAGGGGCCCGAGCUCUGUCUAAACAUUGCCACAGGGACGUCACGGUCAGCUGGUGGGGAACUGCUAAGGGGCCCGUUGCCAAACAAAAUGAUCAUGCCUUUAAAGUUGUGACAAGAAUAUUAGAUGAAGCCACCUGGAUUAAUAUCCAUAGUUUGCCAAAUGAAGUACUUAUAUUAGAAAUUAGACAACAGGAUGGUUAUGGAGCACGUUGGUCUCAUGAUGGACUGAACUUCCGUGGAUUUGUGGAACCUUUGAUGGAAAAUGGACAUGAAGUUGGUUGGAGACAUUGACUGUAUUCAAAGUUCCUAAAGACUGACAAUUAAUAAAAGUCCUUUUGAUCACUGAGCCUACGCCAUCAUCAUACAAGGUUCAACUUUUAGUAGGAACAUGUUUAUUUAACAUGUUUGUAUGUGCAAUAUUUAAAACCUUAGAUUAUGUCUUUGAAAACAAAACUUCAAGACAUGUUGCAUUAACAGCACACUAUUUUAUUGUCAUUAUAACAUUUGUAUAAUAAUCAUAUUCCAUCUCAUUUUAGU